UCUCUGGAAGGGGGUUGGAUUUGCGCGCCUCGGCGGGGCGGUGAGGCGGAGGCGGACGGAGUCUGAGCCCGGGCGGCGCGCAGCGGAGCCGGGCGGGGCGGAGCAGCCGCAGCGCAGCAUCGACAUGGAGCUGGAGAACAUCGUGGCCAACACGGUGCUGCUGAAAGCCCGGGAAGGAGGCGGCGGCGCCCGGAAAGGAAAGAGCAGGAAGUGGAAGCAGAUGCUGCAGUUUCCCCACAUCAGCCUGUGUGAGGAGCUGCGCCAGACCACAGAGAGGGACUACAGCAGCCUGUGUGAGCGGCAGCCAAUCGGACGGCUGCUCUUCAGAAACUUCUGUGAAACUCGAGACGACCUGAGAGCCUGCAUCCACUUCCUGGACGCCGCGGCUGAGUAUGAAGUGUCUCCAGACGACCAGAGGGGGCGCUGUGGUCAGGAGAUCCUCCACAGAUACUUCAACCCAAAGUCGGAGGACUUCGUCCCGCAGCUGGAGGCGUCCGCGGUGGAGCAGUGUGCGGCGCGGCUCCGGGACGGCGCCGGGAAGGACGUGUUCCAGGACUGCACCAAGCUGGUCCACGAGUUCCUGCAGGUGGCGCCGCUGGCGGACUUCCUGGACAGCGUCUUCUACAGCCGCUUCCUGCAGUGGAAGUGGCUGGAGAGGUGAGCAGGCUCCGCCCCCGGGCCCGCUUCUGGUCCUGGGUCUGGCUCCGAUCCGGAUCCUUCCCCGGGUCUGUGGCUUCAGAGUGAGGAGAACGUUCCCAGUGUGAGAACCCCUCUGUCGUUAUCUAGAACCAUGAAGAGAACCCCCUCCGUUAUCUAGAACCAUGAAGAGAACCCCCUCUGUCGUUAUCUAGAACCAUGAAGAGAAUCC